UGCCUCCAGAAUCAUGUGGGGGUCUUCUUUAGCCUAAUGCCCUCCAAAUGCAUUGGAUUACAACUCGUAUCUUCCUUGACCAGCAUGUUUGCGAGGGUGGUGGAAAUUGUAGUACAAAGUAUCAGAAGAGCACCGCUUUGGACAUAGGUGUUACAGAGUCAUCUUACCUUGUAGCAGGAAUAUCUAGCAGCCUUGCUCUAUGCACAGUGGUGAAACUCGCUCCAAUAUGCUGCUCAGCUCGCCUAAGUUUAGCCAUCUGGGCCUUCUUUGGAUUCUUUCUCUUAUACGCACUCCGUGUGAAUUUAAGUGUCGCCCUUGUGGACAUGGUAGAACCAAAUGCAAGCCUGACCAAAAACACAACUUCAAAUAUGUGCCCUGAACAUUCUGCCAUUCCAGUUGUUCCUCGUAACACUACGGGGAAGAAGUAUGCCUGGGAUGCUGACACUCAAGGCUGGAUCCUUGGUUCCUUCUUUUAUGGCUACAUCAUAACUCAGAUUCCUGGUGGAUACCUUGCACGGAAAUUUGGGGGAAAGCUGUUGCUGGGGUUUGGCAUCCUGUGUACUGCAGUUUUCACCUUGUUCACACCUUUAGCAGCGGAUCUAGGUGUUGGAUUCCUCAUAGCAGUCAGAGCUUUGGAAGGCCUGGGCGAGGGUGUGACCUUUCCUGCCAUGCAUGCCAUGUGGUCCUCUUGGGCUCCUCCACUGGAACGCAGUAAACUUCUUAGUAUUUCAUAUGCAGGUGCCCAGCUAGGAACAGUUGUAUCUCUUCCACUGUCUGGCUUGAUCUGUUUUUAUAUGGACUGGAUUUAUGUAUUCUACAUAUUUGGUGCCUUAGGUGUGCUGUGGUUCCUCUUUUGGAUCGGGAUGGUUAGCGAUACACCAGAAACUCACAAGAGAAUUUCCCAUACAGAAAAGGAGUACAUUCUCUCAUCCCUUACAGACCAGCUUUCUACCCAGAAGAAUGUGCCUUGGGAGGCCAUGUUGACAUCCCUUCCACUUUGGGCUAUUGUUGUUGCACACUUCUCGUAUAACUGGACUUUCUACACCCUCCUCACCCUGUUGCCUACAUAUAUGAAAGAGAUUCUGAGAUUUGAUGUCCAGGAGAAUGGAUUUUUAUCAGCUCUGCCUUAUUUUGGCUGUUGGAUUUGUAUAAUUCUUUCUGGUCAAUUUGCUGAUUAUUUACGGGAAAAGCAAAACAUGUCUACUGUAUGUGUGCGCAAAACAUUUACUCUGAUCGGAAUGAUUGGACCGGCGGUUUUCCUUGUCGCGGCUGGGUUCAUCGGCUGCAACUAUGAACUGGCUGUUGCAUUUGUAACCAUAUCAACAACACUAGGUGGAUUUUCUACAUCUGGUUACAGCAUCAACCACUUGGAUAUUGCACCAUCAUAUGCUGGCAUCCUUCUUGGAAUCACAAAUUCAUUUGCUACAAUUCCGGGCAUGGUGGGACCGCUUGUUGCGAAGAGUUUGACUCAUAGUAAUACUGUGGGAGAGUGGCAGGUCGUGUUCUAUAUUGCUGGGGCCAUUAACUUACUUGGAGCUCUUUUCUUUGCAUUAUUCAGCAGUGGAGAAGUACAAGACUGGGCCCUGAAUGGCUACCACUUGCAUAAGAACUAAAGGAACCUACAAUUAAUCACCAAGCAUUACAAAUCACGUGACCUGGAAUGCCUUCACGUGAUCUCUACAAAGUCAACUGUCACCCUUCCUUGUUGGGAUUAGAAUAUAUUUCAUAUUUUAAUAUGGUGAUCUUUGUAAAAAGUUGGAAUCUCAUGCUUUGGUAGGCUUACACUGUGUCAGAUACGUAAGAAUAUGGCACAUUUUAAUCAAUGUAGCAACUUUUUAAAAUAUUGUGUUUUGAUUAAAUUAUUGGAAAGUAACUUGUUCUUGAAAAGGCACCAAAUAGUAGCUAGGAGAAAAUGCCAAAUGUGAUUGCAAAUAGUAAAGGAUUGUUUUGGGUCUAUUAAAAUGAUCUUAAGUAAUUGUUACCAGUGUUGUUAGAACUAUUGCUAUUUUAGCUAUAGUUAUUUUCCUUGUCCUAUUAAUCUAGCAAUGAAAAUUCAAACAGUUCUUUUGUGUGUCUUCAAAAAUAUACAUUUGCCAGCAGAUAUCCACUGUAAGGAUACAAGAAGCAAUGAAAGCUCACUUGCUGAUCAGAUUCAAGAACAAAAUAAGCCACACUCCUCUAUCACAUGAAGAAGUUCAGAUAAGAAUGAAUAUUCCAAGGAUAGCAACUCAGUGUUCCUCUUUUCUUACUGCCCUGUUACUGCUAUCAGUUAUGUAAAAUAAUAUCAGAUUGGCUUCAGAAUACUGCUGAUGUUGAUAACAGAAAGCAAACGGUUUUAUUCACUUGGAAAUUGUAGUGUGUCUUCACAGGCCACCUUCAGAAAUUGGAUGUGUUUGUGUAAUAUGCAGCAUAAUACGACACCCCUUACCCUGUGCAAUGUAGAUAAGGGCUACAUCCGUUUACUUUGGUUGUGAUGGCAUCUGGAAUAUCAAUGUGGAGUUAGUUCAUGGUACCUCACACCUUCAUCUCCAUGGGAAUUCUCCCAGACUUCAGCUUUAACACAAACAGAUCAAACCAAGUAGUAUAUACUUCCUAAGAGAUACAAGGAAGAAGUCAUUCCUUUUCAGAAAAAGCUUUGGAUUUGGCUUUUCCUGUUUAGACAAAUGCUUUAUAAAUAUAUAACGCCACCUGAGUUUGGUGUUCUCCCUGUAAAUUUCACAGAGGUUGAUAUGCCCCAUGCACCAAAGCAUUAGCUGCCAGUAGGAUAUCUAUUGCAUAAAUUAUAUUUACAUGUUUCCAUUCCAUGGCCACACACCACUGUAAGCCCUGUCAAGCAUCACAGGACUGAAGUCCAAGCAACAUGCAUGUGAUUGCACUGUGAAAGGAUGCACAUUUUCAUAAAACUGAAAAGGUGCGGCUGGAUGGUAGAGUCCGACAUAAAAGCACAUUGGGCAUCUGAGUGGAGAAGGCAGGGUGAAGCUGAGUCUUCUUGGCAUCACUAUAACGAGAGUACCCAAAGAAGUGGAUUAAGGACCACUUGUGCAGCAUUCCCAGGUAUAAAGCAAGUUGGAGGGAGGGACACUUGUCAUGCUGGCUGGGAGCUGAAGGCCAACAUCUCAGGAGGCCACCAUGUCUAGGAAAGCUGCUGAAUAAUGUCUUCUUGUUUGGUUUGUGUUUCUUCUACCUAUCAAAAGGGAAACCUGGUAUAUAAGCCACAUGCUGCUCCAGUGGAGCCCAGCUGACUUCAUUUCUAAGAAAUGGCUGUUCCUUCUCCACCAGUUUUGCAUACAAUUUUAACCUUCAUUGAAAUGUUCUAAUGCCAUAUUUUAGUCGUGUUAUAUUUGCAACUUUAAGUGUAAUAAACAGUGCUGUCAUUUUGUUUGCAUUUCUUCAGCUGUUUAAUGCAACUACAAAUUCUAGCAUGAAGGUUGUAAUUAUUAGUAAUAAUACAGGCAUACCUCGGAGAUAUUGCAGGUUUGGUUUCAGACCCCCUCAAUAAAGUGAAUAUCUCAGUAAA